AGAGUGUCCAGCUCCACCCAGGGCUGCCCGCCCGCCGCUCCUUUCCUGCCCACCUACUAUGAGGAGCAGCCCCUCCCACCUGCCCAUAAAAGCCAAGUGCAUGUUACCAGCCGAGGAUCAGAGCACUCUCCCGGUCCUCUCCUGUGGGAGCCCCCAGCCUCUCUCCCGGAUCUUACGUGCUCAAGUUGUAAGACUCCAUGCUGCACUCUGGAUGCCAUCUAAUUGCUUACAGACAUACUUGAUACGGACCAGAAAAAACCUGAUACCAUCAUUAUUCGGGAUUCAAAUUGAAAAGCAGCACUACAGUGAGGCUUCGAAGCUGUUCAGGAAGUGAAGCAGCAUCUAGUAAAGAGACAGAAAUCAGCCCCAGGAGUGCCACAGGAAGGCACAAGCAAGGACACUGGUUCUCGGUUCCUCAGGCCGGCCAAGUCUCAAUGUGAUGGCUGUGCCACCUGGCCCUCUGCAGCUGCUGGGAGUGCUGCUUACCAUUUCCCUGGGCUCCAUCAGGCUCAUUCAGGCUGGUGCUUACUAUGGGAUCAAGCCGCUGCCACCACAAAUUCCUCCUCAGAUCCCACCACAAAUUCCACAAUACCAGCCUCUGGGCCAGCAAGUACCUCACAUGCCUUUGGGCAAAGAUGGCCUUACCAUGGGCAAGGAGCUGCCCCACAUGCAGUAUGGCAAAGAAUAUCCACAUCUACCCCAAUAUAUGAAGGAAAUUCAGCCAGUGCCAAGAAUGGGCAAGGAAGCAGCACCUAAGAAAGGCAAAGAAAUACCAUUAGCAAGUUUACGAGGGGAGCAAGGUCCGCGUGGAGAGCCUGGCCCAAGAGGACCACCUGGGCCCCCUGGCUUACCAGGUCAUGGGAUACCUGGAACCAAAGGAAAGCCAGGGCCACAAGGAUAUCCAGGAAUUGGAAAACCAGGUAUGCCCGGAAUGCCAGGAAAGCCAGGAGCCAUGGGAAUGCCCGGAGCGAAAGGUGAAAUUGGACCCAAAGGGGAGAUCGGGCCGAUGGGGAUUCCAGGACCACAAGGACCUCCAGGGCCCCAUGGACUUCCUGGCAUUGGAAAACCAGGUGGGCCAGGGUUACCAGGGCAACCAGGUGCAAAGGGUGAGCGAGGACCCAAAGGACCACCAGGACCUCCAGGCCUUCAGGGUCCUAAAGGAGAGAAGGGCUUCGGGAUGCCAGGUCUGCCAGGCCUGAAGGGUCCUCCAGGGAUGCAUGGCCCUCCUGGCCCUGUUGGACUUCCAGGAGUCGGCAAACCAGGAGUUACAGGCUUCCCUGGGCCCCAGGGCCCCCUGGGAAAGCCAGGUCCUCCAGGCGAACCUGGUCCACAAGGCCCUAUUGGAGUCCCAGGAGUUCAAGGGCCUCCUGGGAUGCCUGGAGUUGGGAAACCAGGCCAGGAUGGGAUCCCUGGCCAGCCAGGAUUUCCAGGCGGGAAAGGGGAACAAGGACUGCCAGGGCUGCCAGGACCCCCAGGCAUUCCAGGGAUUGGGAAACCUGGCUUCCCAGGACCCAAAGGUGACAGGGGCAUAGGGGGUCUGCCUGGGGCUCUGGGACCAAGAGGGGAGAAAGGACCAGUAGGAGCCCCAGGAAUGGGGGGUCCCCCAGGAGAGCCAGGCCUGCCUGGAAUCCCAGGUCCUAUGGGCCCUCCAGGUGCUAUUGGUUUUCCCGGACCCAAAGGAGAAGGUGGGGUUGUAGGGCCACAGGGGCCACCAGGUCCCAAGGGUGAGCCAGGGCUUCAAGGCUUCCCAGGAAAGCCAGGUUUUCUUGGUGAAGUAGGGCCCCCUGGCAUGAGGGGUUUGCCAGGUCCCAUAGGGCCCAAGGGGGAAGCUGGGCUCAAAGGUUUACCGGGGCUCCCUGGUGCUCCUGGGCUGCUUGGACCAAAGGGAGAGCCAGGAAUCCCAGGGGAUCAGGGUUUACAGGGUCCUCCAGGCAUCCCAGGGAUUGCGGGCCCCAGUGGGCCCAUUGGACCACCUGGAAUGCCAGGCCCCAAAGGGGAACCGGGCAUCCCAGGGCCCCCUGGGUUCCCUGGAGUAGGGAAGCCUGGAGUAGCAGGACUUCAUGGCCCCCCAGGGAAGCCUGGUGCCCUUGGUCCUCAAGGGCAGCCGGGCCUUCCAGGGCCCCCAGGCCCUCCAGGACCCCCAGGUCCCCCAGCUGUGAUGCCCCCUACACCACCACCCCAUGGAGAGUAUCUGCCAGACAUGGGGCUGGGAAUUGAUGGAGUGAAACCCCCCCAUGCCUAUGGGGCUAAGAAAGGCAAGAAUGGAGGGCCAGCCUACGAGAUGCCUGCCUUUACAGCUGAGCUGACUGCACCCUUCCCACCUGUGGGGGCUCCGGUGAAGUUUGACAAACUGCUCUAUAACGGCAGACAGAACUACAACCCACAGACGGGCAUCUUCACCUGCGAGGUCCCUGGGGUCUACUACUUUGCAUACCAUGUUCACUGCAAGGGGGGCAACGUGUGGGUUGCUCUGUUCAAGAACAAUGAGCCCAUGAUGUACACAUAUGAUGAGUACAAAAAGGGCUUUCUGGACCAGGCAUCUGGAAGUGCGGUGCUGCUGCUCAGGCCCGGAGACCGAGUGUUCCUCCAGAUGCCCUCAGAACAGGCCGCAGGACUGUAUGCUGGGCAGUACGUCCAUUCCUCCUUUUCAGGAUAUUUAUUGUAUCCCAUGUAAAAAAGAAAAGAAAGAGAGAUUUAAUAGAAGAAAAGAAAAUGAUGCACCAAAAAAAUCCAAAUGAAAAAUGUAAUUGCUUCAAAACAUUUAUAUAGUUGGAAAGUUAUAUUUCAGUGAAAAUUUGAACCAUCGUGUACAAAUAAAAACUAAGAUGCAUGUUUAAUGCUCUGCACAGCAGCCUAUAAUUGAAAAUGAUGGGAUAGAUUUAUGUAUCAAGUACUGACACUUGUGUUGUACCCACUGGAAUCAUAUUAGCUGUUGUAUUGUUAUAUGCUUCCAUAACCUGCUUAUUCAGAUCAUUCAGAAUAUUUCAGUAUGAAAGAUCAUAGCUAAUGAAAGUCAUUUGCUCAUACUGUUUAAAGAUUUAUCAAUAUGGCUUAAAGAAAUGUCAUUGAUAACAAUUACAUACCGUAUUUACUUGCAUAAUUUCCUCUGUAUUUGUGCAGAUAUUUUGCCAUGGAAUGUGGGUGAGGGAUUCUGCUGUGUUACAGCCCCAGCGGGAGGGAAUCAGGGGGGACCAGUAGGGUUUUAGUCCAAGGGAUAUUUCCCUCCUGUCAGAGGCUGUAUCUUUUCUCAGUAUGAGUCCUACUCAGAAUUGUCUAUCUUGUCUCUCUAAAAGAACAAGUGAACCAAUCGACCACCAUGUAAUUUACUCAGUGCCUCCUCUGUGCCUUGCACUGGAUGAGACGUUUGAGGGACAUGAGACAGUGCCAUGAAAGAAGCUAAACAACCAGCUGGGAGACAGGGGCAGUAGUUAAUUCACUUCUUUCUCAAGGGUUCUUUUUGUUUUAUUUUCUGUAAUUUUUUUUUCUUUUUUCUUCCCUCCAUGUAAUUUCCACUAUGAUCCAACCAACAUAAGCACGUGGAAGUCAUAAGAAAAAAAUAAUAACUUUCCAGUUUCGUGGAAUGUUCAUUAUCAUCAGUUUUCAAUUGCUUACAUGCCUAUAAAAAUCCCCCUUCCUUGCCUACCCAUACAAAUGACUACAAUGAGGUUUCACCCAUGAAGGAGCUUUAAGUGUUUCUCAGUAGCUGUUGAAUUUUGAAGAAAUUUCCCAGUGUUGUAUAUAUGCAAAUUGGUAUGUCUGAGGUUCCAAAACCAAUUUCCAAAACCCAAGUCAUUUUUUACUUGGGGAGGAAAAGAAGUUUCAGAAUUCCAUAGGAAAAUAAUUUUUUUGCAAAAUUAUUUCUCAAGUUUUAAACUAAAAAAAAUGGAUGUAGUAUUUUCUAGUGUAGAUACUAGGAGGAAAAGGAAAGUUGUAGGAAAAGAACUGUUUCUUUAGAAGCAACCUGUGGAACAGCUAUCUGAAAUGUCAAAUGGCAAAUAAGAGCCCAUGCUUCUUUUUCACCUCAUACUCAGCACAAGUCAAGGGUCAAUGCAAGUUUAAAGAGAAAAAUAAGUGUCUUUCCAGGUUUUCACUUAGGUACAUAUUAACUGCUUCGGGCAUUCAAAUCUGGUCUCAAAACGCAGACAAAAUAUUUCAGUCAGCUAUGAGUCUGCCGCUGACACUAUAAGGAAUUGGGGAUAUAAUGUGGGGUUAUAGUGGUGGACUCUUGUAUCUCUUCCUCAAAAUUAAAAGUGAGAAGUUGAGGGGAAAGGUACAGAUGGAAAAAUACACAAAUAAAUACGGUAUAAACACACAUGGAAAUGUGUCUAUGUCAAAUCUGAAUCAUUUUAACCAUCAAGAAAAUCCUCCCCAACCUAAUAGGUGUCUUUUCCCUUAUAUGGUAAACGAGCACCAUUUCUUCUCAAUUUCUUAAAAAGAGAAAUGAGUUCAUUACCAGAGGGUUUCUUAUUCACUGCUAAUUCUAUGACAAACUUUUCCCAUCAAAAGAUAUCCAACCCAACUUUCAUUUUCAAAGCAGACAGCGUUUCUAUGGCCAAAUACCCUUCAGGUUGGUCUUGAGGAUGCUGGUUUUGGACUGAUGACUAUGGAGGCAAUAAGGACCCACUGGGCUCCUUCAGCUAAACAGAUGCAUUGAAAUGGCUUGGAAGCAAGUCACAUCAGCUGAUCUGUAAAUCCGUAUUUAUCUGUACAUGUAUGGGCUUUUUCUUUCCACCAAGUAAGAAAGUACCUCUUUAGGUAAAACCAAAUUUCACAUUUUAAAAUACCUUCCAACUUAUUUAUUGGUUGUUACUCAAUUGCAUAUAUAUAUAUUAUAUAUACAUAUAUAUAUAAUAUAUAUAUAUAUAUGAAAUGUGUGUGAGUGUGUAUAUCAUCAGGCAUAUGCUUCUAACUUUUAGAUAGGAGAGGAGCAAAAUUUAUGCCAAAUACUGUGUAUUCUACAAUGGUGCUAAUCUCAGAACUAAAUGAAUUACUCCAUUUAAUUUAAAAAAGAGUUUUAAAUAAUUAUCUGUGUGUUUGUGUUUCCCUUUUAAGUGUUGCACAUCCUGUUAACACAUUAGUGUAAAAGCAGAUGAAACAAACAACCACAUGUUCGAAAAUCUAGGGAUAGAGCUAUAGUCCCUAUUUAAUUCAAAUUCAACCAGAACUUUUCCAUGUGAAAUGAACAAAAUUAGCAUUGUUAUUUAAACACAGAGUUUUAAUGCAGUAUGACAUCCCACAGAGGAAAAGAAUGUCUGUAGUGGGUGACUGUUCUCAAAUAUUUUGCAGAACACCAUGAAAGGUGAAUAGACUGGUAACUUUUUUGAGUUUCCAUGAUAGAUUUGAGACUUGUCAAUAGCAAAUCAAUUUUGUAUUUAAAUUUUUGUACUGAUUUGAAAAAAAGACUUAUUAAAUAUCUUUAAAAGUA